AUGCCAUCCCCAGUUAACCCAAACGACCCCGACCAAUCAAUGGCGGAUGCGACUCCGUUGAACGACGCAGAGAUGCAGGAAAAGUCUCCAGAGCAGCUGGAAGAGGAGCUUCGCGUAGCGGAACUCCGAAGGCAGAGAAUAAAAGUUCUACCUGGCGCCUCGGAGACCGCAGCCUCAUUCCAGUUCGAAAAGGAGGACCAUACGUUAGGGAAUGCGCUGAGAUACGUCAUUAUGAAGAACCCCGGCGUUGAAUUCUGCGGUUACACCAUGCCCCAUCCGUCAGAGGAACGGAUGAACUUGCGUAUCCAAACUUACAGCCCGGCGAACGUGUUCGAGGUUCUUGACAAAGGAUUUAGUGACCUUAUGGAUCUCUGCGAUGUAGUUUUGGAGACGUUUACGGCGGCACGAGAUGACUUUGAAACGAAUAAAAUGCAAUAA